GCUCAUUGUCUUCAGCAGCCACUGUCUGACUCUCCUCUGCUCUGAAGACAGCCAUUCCCAGCUGGAGUGCGGAGCUCGACAGAUCCACAGCGAUGAAUCCCAAAGGGGAUAAGCCGAAGUCGAAGAUCUCGGCUUCUCGGAAGCUCUCCCUCAAAAUGCUUCUCCUCACGAGAGCUUGUGAGGAUCUGGAGCGGGAGAGGCAGGAGAGGGAGGAGGAGAAGGUGCGCUACCUCGGAGAGAAGCUGCCCCCUCUGCAGAUGUCGGGGUUGUCGCUGCAGGAGCUACAAGAUCUCUGCAGGAAGCUCCAUGAAAAAAUAGAGGUUGUGGACGAGGAGAGAUACGAUUGUGAAUACAAAGUGGGAAAACACAACAAAGAUAUCCAUGAGCUCAAACUGAAGGUGCAGGAUCUCGGGGGCAAGUUCAAGAAGCCGGCGCUGAGGAAGGUGAGGGUGUCAGCCGACGAGAUGAUGAGAGCCCUCCUGGGCUCCAAACACAAGGGCUCAAUGGACCUCAGAGCCAACCUCAAGUCUGUGAAGAAGGAGGACGUCAAGCAGGACAAGGUUCUUACCACUGAGGUGGGUGACUGGCGUAAGAACGUGGAGGCCAUGUCAGGCAUGGAGGGACGUAAGAAGAUGUUCGACACAGGCGGCGGAGCUCAGUGAGGCUCCUCACUCAGCAGCGGCUGCUCACCCGAAAGCAGGAGGAGGAAUCCCGAGUCAACAGAAAUAGAGAUUUUAAAGGCCAAUCAACCUGAAAAUUGUUGGCAUACUGUUUGAGGUGAAAGCAUGUGGAAGCUUCAGUACAUCUGCUUGAAGGCCAUUUCCAGUGACUCAAAGCACUACAAGUGGAAAAGUAGACUCCCAUUGUUGUUGUUUUUUUAUUACCAAGAAUAUUUUGUUUUGCUAUGACACCUUCUGGCAAUAAAAUGGAUCUAAAUAAGUGGAUAAACCAUUUCA